GAACUGCAACCCUAACUUUGUAUUUUUAAUUAAUUUAUUCAGUCAUAAAUUUUUCCCGAAUUUAUAACAAAACCCUGAAACACAAAAGUGACCAUUGCGAUAUUAUUAGACUGUGCCCUAGAACUCAACAUAACAGUAAGGCAAGCCUCAGCCCCGGCCCUUGCGUUAACCCUAACCCUAAGUUUUAAUUUUUAUUUAAUUUAUUCAAUCUUAAAUUGUUCCCAAAAUUGUAACAAAAACCCAAAACCUAAAACUGACUAUAGCUCUGUUCUCCGACUGCGCCCUAGAACUCAACGUAACACUAAGGCAAGCUUGAGCCCCUGCCCUUGCCUUAACCCUCACCCUAAUUUAUGAUUUUUACUAAAUUUAUUCAGUCAUAAAAUUGUUCCCAAAAUAGUAACAAAAACCCGAAACCUAAAACUGACCAUAGCCCUAUGUCACCAAUACAGUUGACUGUCCAGAAAAAGUCCGCCCUGCAUCUUGCCAUGGGCUUGCCUGCCAACAAUAUGGGCCCCCAAAAUCACUGCCAGAUAGGCAAAUACCUUGAAGCCAACCCCACUGGGACUAAGCAAGGAGAAACCCUUUGUGGCACAGCAUCUGUUUUGAAUGCAGAAGCUCUUUGGUUCUGUUCCUGGCUUCUCAAGCUAAAAGGAUCCAGUGAUGUGAAAGACCUCUGCCUGAGACCUUCCGAGCCACUUCUAGUCAAAGUAGACAGCACUGCCUUUAAAAGACUGUAGAUCUGACUCAGUAUAUGGCAGAUUCAUCCCUGUUAUCAUGUGACACUUGGCUCUGCCAUUGCCCCUCUGUUUUCUUAUGAGUUCUUGAACUUUAAACUUUACUCACUCAGUAUCUUUACCGAAAAGCAACUGCUAUGCAGCCAAAACACUGCUAACAAAUCCAGAGGCAGAAAUGGGAACUCAACUUUGGACAUUAUGGUCUGCUUUCUUUGUCCUCUGUUUUUGUAGGGCAGAACUGACAGGUAUGGUUUUUAUAUUUUUUCUAUUCUAUUGACUUUGCGGAAUUUCCAAAACUAAGGGAGGACAUGGAGGCAGUGGAGGCAGCAAUGUAUUAUUAUUAACCUAUUAACCAAUUGUUAUUAUUCAUUUAUUAAUUUCAUUAACCUGAGCAUCUGAGAUCUGUAAAACAUUUUCCCUUGAGAUCUUUAGUUAAUGUUGAAAACUGUUCAGCAAAGGACAUGCUUUGCAGUUUACACAUUGCUGAUUUAUUUCAUUCAAACACUAAAGUAAAAAAAAAAAUCAGGAGUCUGCUGUAAAUUCAUUAACAUAUAUGUCAUAUAUAAAUGAUCAUCGCUGACACUGACGAUCUCUCCUUUGGUAGGAGAGCAUAUUUUAAAGUUUAAAAUAGACUUUGCCACACCGCAAAAUGAGUUGCUAGAUGUUGCAAUCAGAUGUUUCAUGUAAUUUUUUUUCUUUUUCUUUUUGAUUAUAUGGUUUAUAUUGGUGGUUAAUUUUUUUAAUUAAUUAAAAAAUAAUAAUUAUCCUGUAUGUCAGCACUGUAAAAGUCACCCAGUUUCCUCAGGAGUUUGAAAAGUUGUGAAUUUUUCAUAAUAUCACACCAGUUUACAACUGUUACGGUCUUGCUGAUGGCACACUUGCUCUUCGAGUGCAAGACUGAUGGUGCGGAUCACCAGUCUCUGACUGAUGGUGUGGAUCACACACACACAGCUCAAGUUUGGAUGGUUCAUGACAAGUAUGUUGGGCGAAAGAAAUAAAAUUGUUCACAGCUGCUGUUUGUCUUGCUUUUCAGUGUUUCUAUCUGCCCAAGAAGCAAAUAAAAUCAUUGCUAGAUCAAAGCGUGCCAAUUUCAUGAUUCUUGAGGAAAUCCUCCAAGGUAAUCUGGAAAGAGAAUGCCUUGAGGAAAGAUGUUCUUAUGAAGAAGCAAGAGAAGUAUUUGAAGACAUAGAAAAAACAGACAAAUUUUGGAAUAAUUAUUUUGGUGGUCGACAGUGCUCCUCAAAUCCCUGCCUGCAUAACGCCGUGUGCAAGGACAACAUUCGUAGUUACACAUGUGCUUGUACUGAUGGCUAUGAAGGAAGCAACUGUGCCUUUGUCAAAAAUGAGUGCCGCCAUGAAAUGAAUGAGGGAUGCCAUCAUUUCUGCUAUCCGGAACCAAAGUCUUACCGCUGUUCGUGCGCACAAGGCUACAAACUUGUGCAAGGCAAAUCCUGUGUUCCAUUAGAUGAUUGUUCGUGUGGCAGAUUUAAUGAAAAUGUGCAAAUGAAGCACGCUGCAGCUGGGAACAUCAGUAGAGGAUUCCCUUGGCAGGUCCUGUUCUUAAACUCUGAGGGAGAAGGAUUGUGUGGAGGUGUUCUACUGAAAGCUAACUUUGUACUAACUACAGCGGACUGUGCACUGCUAUCUCCUGUCAGUGCUGUGAUUGGAAAUGACAGACUGAUAGAAGCCAGACAAUUAACAUAUGUGAAACAGGUAAACAUACAUCUCCGCUAUGACAACAGUACCAGCAAGAACAACCUGGCAUUAAUACAGCUAGCAACACCUAGUGCCUGCAACAGCUCCCAUUUACCCAUAUGCCUUCCAGAAAAGGACUUUGCAGAGCAUGUAUUGAUUUUGGAACAGGUGGCCACUCUUAGUGGAUGGAAAAUGGAAAGGGACCAGUUGACUGAUUCACUAGCUGAAUUCCAGAUUCUGUAUCUCCAAGAAAAUGAAUGCACGCAAACAGUCAACAGAACUCUAACAACCAGGGAAUUCUGUGGAUACCAUCAUGAGGCAAUAAGUCAACAACCAGCUAGAGGAAGUUUCAGUGCCGUUAACUACAAAGGCACUUGGUUUCUGACAGGCAUUUUAGAACCACAGGCAACAGAAGCAAGUAAGUGGAAUCUGUUUGUAUUCACCAAGAUUUCAAGAUACAUGAUGUGGUUCAAACAGAUAAUGGAGUAAUCAAAUACAGCAACAAAGAAAUACAUACAUCGGCAAGGUUCAGUAUUUAUACAGAUUGCUGUUGAAAAUAUGUAUAUACUCAUCAAAUAAAAUAAAAUAUGUUCA